AUUCCAUACAACAGAAACAAAAUUCACAGGACCACGUUUCUUAUUUUUUAUGAGGGAAUUGAGAGGAAAAUCGCACUUCAAUCGGUUUGCUUUUUCAUAGAUUGUUGUUUCGUUUUGUGCUUUCAGACUUCUCGAAAUAUGUGCGUUGGCUCAAUAAAGGUCGGGGAAAACCAAGCAUAGUUUUGAAGACAGCGCGGGUGUGCCUAAUGAAGUGUCCCGAGAGUGUCACUGUGGGAAGUCCACGCAGUGACACUCGGCAGUGACUUACGGAUGCCCGCGUGGACACUCUCAUGAUUGUCAGCUCCUCGAUAACGACGCGUCCUGCUCGGGAGUCGUGAACCGCGCGGAUCUCCGAAUUUCAGACCAAACUUCCAGCGACACGAGACGCGUCGCUCAUAACCAGCUCGAGGCGCCGCCGUGGUGGGCAAGAGACCGCCGUGCACCCUCCCCCUCCUCCUCCCACUCUCCACUCCGGCGACCAGGGAAGCGACUGCGGCUGCGACGCGAGCCGGCUGAGCGAGCGCUGUUGGCGGCUUUCACCUCCGGGGAAUGUCGGCAGUGACGUCGGCCUCUUCUUCCUCCUCGGGUGUCAGUCACACAGCGGCCAGAUGGGUUUGAGUGCGUCAAUUGAAGCAUGAAACAGGACAGCAACAAUGGCGAUAUCAGGCCUCAUCUGCGAAUCUGAGUGUGUACAAUAAUUGACAGUGUUGCCUAAUUGCAAUGUGAGCUCUGGCCGAGCUCUUCUCAACACCGCUCCUCAGCCUCGCUCAGCAACCAGUCAAAUGCACACGGACAAUAAACUGGCCAAUCAUGGCAAGCAAGAUCACCGGUGACGCAAGAGCUCAAAUGGCUGCCGUAAACCUGCCGGUCCAGCAGCCGCAGCAGCAGGGACCCUCUGGUCACCUGGGCCCCAAGAGCCGCCUCAGUGCUGGGAACCAUGGACUUAACAAGAGCACCCCUGGGCUGAAGGCCUCCAGCCAAUCGUCGAGCACUGUUGGAGGGAUGCUCAAAACCAAAAGCAAACGGGAGAGAAGCGUGUCUGUGGACUCUGGUGAAUCAAGACAUGCCGCUACUAAAACCAUGGAUGCUGAUGCCAAAGCAGAGGGUGUCACGCGCAGUAAGCGCCGAUGUGUUCUGGAGAAGAAGCAGCCAUACAGUGGAGAUGAGUGGUGCUCUGGACCCGACACAGAAGAAGACGACGACAAGCCACGCUCAACAACUCAGCGGGAGCGAGGGUUGCCAGGACCCAGGCAGGGACAACAUGAUCAUCCGCCUACGGGGGCUGCCACGUCUGAGCCUGUAAUGGUUUGUGCACCAGGAGUUGGAUUGAAGCCUGGACCGCCUGUGCCUCAGUCGAAGCAGCAGCUGUUGUAUGUCUUCACAACCAGCAUGGCCAACAGUGCUGCAGAGGCGGUAAUGAAAGGAAAGAUGGAUUCCAUUCUUCAGUUUCACCAGCAAAAUAUACCACGUACCAAGUUAGAUCAGGGCUACGCACAGGUGAGGAUCACUGAGAAGGUGAACUCCAGUGCCUCUCCACCCACAGGAACCCCUAAAUCCAAAAGUGGAACACCGCAGCCCAACUUGGCAGGAGGCGUUGUCUCCUCACUUGCUGUGAGAACUCCAACUUCAGCGGGGCACUCUGACAAUGACUCCCCUCGGACCAGACAUGGUGGCCUCUCCAGUACAAACUGCAUUCUGUCCCAUAAGCCAGAGGGAGAUGGCAGAGCCACACCUUCAGGCCCUGGCUUGGGAACAGUACACUGUGAGGGUCUUCCCGUUACUAGUCUCUCCCCAUCGGGGAGUCCCUCCGUUGUGUCUGCACAUUUACAGAGUGACACAGGACAGCGAAGUGGACCUGGUAAUGAAGGUGGUCUUUCCAAGGAGCAGCUAGAACACCGGGAGCGUUCUUUACAGACUCUGAGGGACAUCGAGAGGCUAUUGCUACGUACUGGAGCAAGAGAGGGCCCUCAAGGUGACACAGAAGGCUCCAACAGUAACCUUACAAAUAAUGCUCCCAGCAUGGUUAACAACAGUAGUAGCAAUCGAGAUGCUAUUCUUGAGGAUGGCAGUAACAAUACAAACUCUGGGGAUGGCAGUUGCGAGAACAUGGCGCUAUCAGCGUUGGCCUCUCUAGGAACCAUGAGGAAAUAUGAAGAACCGCUGCAGUCCAUAAUGUCUCAAACAGAGUCGCUUACCACUGCCACUCACAGCCCUGAAAUGGACUCUCACCAUAAUCUUCCCCAGCACCCUCAUCAUCAGCUGGCUUCACCUGGCUUGGACAUGGGCCCCUUACUUGGAGCGGAGGGGCUAACCCAAGAGCAAGUUGCGUGGCGGAAACUCCAAGAAGAGUACUACCUGGAGAAGAGGAGGCAACAGGAAAUACAAAAUCCCCAGCACUUUAGGGUGAUGACAGAGAUGAGCUUACAUGGAGGUCCUAUGAUAAUUAGAGGACCACCUCCGCCAUAUCACAGCAAGCCUGGAGAUCAACAGUGGGUUUCUGGAAAUAUGAUGGGAGGAGGAAUGCCUGGUAAUGUACGAAUGACAGGCAUCCACCAAGAAGGACCUGGACGUCCACAAUUCCUUUCACAUGUGCAGAGAGGGCCAGCAGGUGGAGCAGGGUUUCCUGGGAGUCCCGGGGAGCUGUUAUCUGUCGAUGGUCUAGGACCCCAAAGGGCUACCAGGCCAGGGAUUUGGCUGGACAAUAUGCCUAACAACAUGGACAGUGCAGGUCCAUUCCACAGUUGCUACCCUCCUCAACACACGCAGGAAAAGCCAGAACAUCUUUUAACCCGUGCGGAACUAUUUCGCAUCACAGAGAAGCGCCAGAUGCAGGGUCUUCCUCGGUUUGAACUCGAUCGGAUUAUUGCACAGCAUACGGGCAAUAUGGGGUCAAGAAUUAUGGACAAUCCCGGGGGCCCAGACUUCUCCAAUUUGGGUGCUAUGGGCAGGGGUCCACCUUCUAAUCAAGGGGAUCACAUGGACUUUCCUGUUUCACGGGAUAUGAUGGACUCUCCUGGAGGGGGGCCUCAGAUUAGAGACUUAAUGGACUCCCCUCUGGCGAGUAACCUUUCAAUGAACAUGAACCCGCAGUUGAAUAUUCAGCAGCAGCAUAUGACUCUCUCACAAAAGCUCAGAAGGGGCCAAGGGAGAGCAGGACCUUUAAGUGAGUUUUUCAGUCCUGGAGAGCUAGCAAGAAUACGUGCAUCACAAAAUGAAAGAAGAAAUAUGGGGAUGGUCUCAGGACCUGAUGGACCCUUCCGUUUUCCAACUCAAGGGCCUUUUUCUGGUGGACCGGUUGAAGCGCCUUACCUUCAGCAGCCCGGCCAUGACAUUUUUGAGACUGAGCAAGAGGGUCAUAAUCAAAUAGGCGGUACAUCACGACUUAGUCAUAUGCCAAUCACAGGAGACCUCAGAGGAAUGGGUCCUGGUCCUCGGCAUCCUGGCGACCUCUCAGUCAAUGUUCAGUCACUGACUUCUCCGACAGUCCAGCAUCCUCAUCAUCUUAGUUCACCAUCGCUUCAACGAGAGCCAUCUGCUCAUCUUACAUCUCCAUCUCUUCCAGGGCAGAAGUCGCCCUCGAUUGUCGCCGCUGAAGUCCCUCACCCCCCUGUCCCCCCUGCUUCUGGUGCAGGGACGCCGUGCUCUUCCUCCAUGAAAUCGCCUCAGAUAAUGGGAUCUACUAACCACGACCUGCACUCCCCAUCUCUCUCACCUGGACAAGUUAAGUCUCCAGCUAUGGCUAUGGGUUCUCCUGCUUGGAUUUCUCCGAAAAGAGAUCCUUCAAGUCCAGGGGGCCCGACCAGUGUGAGGGCUACAGGCAAUGGAGGAAAUCAUCCUGAGAGAGGGCAGUCACUACCCCCUAGAAGCUCCAACUCCACCCCUAGUAGCCAACCGGGCUUGAUAAAUCCUAGCAUGACAUUUACAUCAUCGCCCGAUACCCCCCAAACACAGAAUCCUUUAUCGCUGAUCAUGUCUCAGAUGUCCAAAUACGCCUUGCCUAGUUCUACUCCCCUAUACCACGACGCAAUCAAGACAAUUGCAACUUCUGAUGAUGAGAUGUUGCCAGAUCGACCUCUUCAGCCUGGCGUCAGCAUUGGAGGAAACAUUGGGAACCUUCCGACAUCCCAAAUCUUAGUCUCCCAGAGUUCCAUCGGUGCCAAGAGUGAUACCCAGAGCCCUGUGCGAAUCCCCAGCCAAGGUCAGCAGCAUCUAGCCCAUGACCCCUUGGAACCUGUGUUGUCUUCCCCAAAUGCAAUGAGCCUUCCCCUUAUGAGUUCCACCAUGAUGGGCGGAGGAAGUGAUGACCUUGGUCCUUGCAAUGUUUCACCGAUGUCGCAAAACCAGAUGGUGGCUUUCUCUCGCAUGCAGCUUUCGUCUCAUAGCCAUAUGCGCUCACCCAUUGGCAGAAUGUCACAUACCUUCUCUCAGUCUGGAGAGGACAUUCUGUCACCUCAGCAGCUGCACCUGCUCGGGAAAGACCCCCACCCACGACACCCUCAUCCCUCAGAGUCCUUUCCACCUCUUCCCAUGGGAGACGGCCCAGAUCUGAGUGAAGUAAUACGACCUACCCACUCUGGGAUUCCCGAGUUCGACUUGUCCCGCAUCAUUCCUUCUGAUAAACCCAGCAGCACUCUGCAGUAUUUCCCCAAGAGCGAACCACACCAGAAUCCAAACCAGGGGCCUGGUUCACAGCAGCCACCUCCCCAGCAGCUCCUCAAACACUUGUCGUCCUCUUGUCCUCCACACAUAUCAACGUCAAACCCUCACUUGGCCAAUUUACAGAACAUGAUGGCCGAGCAGCAGUUGCCACCUAACCAGGGGCACAGUGGACUCGGCCAAAACAUGACCAUUCUCCAGGGGAAUGCCAGGGGAAUGGUGCCCAGCAUGGGCAACAUGUUGGCAAGGACAGGUAUGGUUCCACAGCAACAGCAAGCCAUGAUGGCCAACAGUCUUCUCCACCAUCCCUCCGGUCCAUACCCGGGAAUGAUGUCACCUCAGCAACAACAGCACAAUUUGAUGGCACGGCAAAACAUGAUGAUGAUGCAGGGCAAGCAACGAAAUAUGCCCAUUCCGGGAGACCCCUUUGGCCCUCAGGGUCCCAUGAUGGGUCCAUCCCACCCACGGACUGGAUUGGUAGGGCCCCAGACCCUAAGACAGCGAGUGAUGUCUCUGGACAGCCCAAUUGGCUACAGUCCUGGCAGUAUGGCCAAUAUGCCUUUUUAAUCCACCGGACGCAACCUGUACAAGUGUCUCGUUUACAUUACCAUUGUAAUCCAUGUAUCAUUCAUUCUUUCCAUUUUAAUUGGCAAAUGAAAAUCAACAAAAAUAACAAAUGAAUAAGUGACUCAUUUUAUUUAUUUUUUUCGUUUGUUUUUAAUCUAACAGAAUAAGCGGGCAGAGGGGAGACCCGAACACAUUUUUUUAUAAUUCAAUUUUAGACUGAUCAAAAAUACAUUGAAAAAAUGACCCACAUGAUUGUUUUCAUUUUUGAGUUCAGUACUGUUUCGUCCCAAAUUCCAAAAUACAUCCAUGUCAUGUAAAAUGUCCAUCGGUGUAAAUGUCAGUUUGAAUGGUUGUCUAUAUUUGCCCUUUGAUGACAACUGGCGAUCAGUUCAGGGUGUACUGCGCCUCGUUCCCAAAGUCAUCUGGGAUAUGCUCCAGCACACCUGCGACCCCAGUGAGAAUCAGUGAGGUAGUUGUAUAGCUCGAUGGAUAUUUUACGUGACCGGGAAGUCAAACAACCAUUACGAAAGGCACGUUACUUUGUUAGUUACUGCAGUCAGUCAAUGGAGACAUACGGCUUACAAAGAGAUAAAGAUGCUGGGCUUUUAGGGGGAAAUUUCAGGAUUAAACCAAAAUGAAAUACUGUGGAUCGACAUUUUGGCACCGCAGAUGCACUUGUAUGCAGGUCUUGUUUUCAACUAUCUAUUGUUUUUUUUUUUUUUUUUUGGAGAGGGGUGAAUACGCCUCAAAUGCUGAUUGCAGUUUUUUUUUCAUGAUUAUUCAAUCAUUUUUUGGGUUAAAGUUGUUUCCCAAAUGCAGUUAUAAUGGCCGUCAUCAAUGUCAGUGUGAAUGGUUAUUUUAUGUUAGUUAUGACACAUGCCAGCUCGUCCAUGACCCGUGUGAGGACAAGAGGUAUGGAAAAUGGAUGGAUGAAUCAUCCACGUAUUUUUGCAGUUUGUGGUCAUUCCCUAUUCCCAGUGGGUUUCCACUAUACAGUAGAUCCACACUUCACGGGGGUUAAAAACAGACCCCUACUGUGAUUAGCAAAAGUCGAUUAAUUGAUGCUCCCAAAAAUGUUUAUACCAAUAAUCGCCUAUAGAGAUUGUGCACCUAUGUCAUAAAAUCACGUAAUUUUUUUUGUUCAUGUUGCCGUAUUGACGGUCAAACAAAGCAUUGUUGCAAGUUUAUUCCGUUGAGAUGAAACGAAAAUAUGUCUUGUAGCACGACACCCAGAGUUUUGUCCGAUACCAUUAAACAUUUAGAUAAACAAAGAUAGGUGGAAAAAUUAGAGACCCUUGGUGUAGAGGAUCCAUAUUUAAUGCCGUCGAUGUUUUCGCCGAUAAGAAAUUUGACAGUCAAUUCGCUUCUGCUUGUCUUGGACAUCUGGACCUACACAUGUAUCUGGUCAGUAAGUCGUCGAGAUUUACACAAAAGAGUUUGAAAGCGUAUAAAAAUCUAGACGCAUACAAAUAGUGUACUUCGUUGCUGGAUCUGUUCUCAAUCAGGACUAUAUCCCACAUAGUGAUGGACCCAGUCAGAUUUUUUUUCAAUACAAAUACCAAUAUUUAAAUAAAUGACCCCCAGUUUUACACAAACUUGCAUUCAUUAACUAUGAUUGGGAAAAGGACAGGGAGUCGUCUCCUCCGUACACAGAAGCGUAUUGCGACCACAGGCUUACCUCCGUAAACCUCUCUGUGACAGACGGUUUCUUGUUUUUUUUAAAAUACACAUCGUUCUCAAAUGAGUCAUUAUAAAUACUUACUUGAGACUGAGAAGAAUAAUUCGUACAUGAAAUGAAAUGAAAUGAUCGCUACACAGCCGUAUGUAUUUGGUUGGGCACCAUCCCAUCCUGUUUGAAAUCCAUUGAUCUUUUCUGGUCUUUUCAGAUGCUAUUCCAUAGACUGAUAUCUUUGAAGAACUGUCUCGUCUAUUGUGACAACCAACAGCACAACAGGGUCUCGGGCAAUUUGAAAAAUCUCCUCUGGUUCAAAGACUCCCAAAUGGCAAUAUGGCGCCGUAAAAACGGUGACGUCAUGUGCACGAUCUCUAUGUUAAUGAUUCAAAACCGUAAACAAAAACCAAACCACUUCAAUCAGUUUGAACUCUUCUUUAAUCAUCUUUAACUCAUCAUAAAACAUUAACCUUAAAAAUAAAUGGACUCCACAGAUUUUUUAUUUUAAUUCACCAGAAGUCAGUUUGUACAGUACAUGAACUUGUGACAAAGACUCUCCGCAAUGUUCAACAAAUUUAGCUCCUCUCAGAUAUCGAAAGGUUUUAGUUUUGCAGUUCCUGUAAAUGUCACUUCUACAUACCGAAUUGUUAUCUUUUGGGGUUUUCCAUCCGUCAUAUAAAACAAUACAUAAUUCUCCAUGUUAUGAUUUGGCUGAAGGAUCAUUGAUGAUAGACUUGACUAAUAACUGUAGUAACUGAUAUCCAGCUAACCCUAAGACUGUUUCAGUCACAUUUUAUAUUUUUUUGAACCUACCCUAAAAUUUUAAUGUUUUAUUGUUUUUUUUUUGUUUGUUACAUUACAAAACAAAAUAAUCAGUCACUUUUGAUUUUUGAUUGCCAUUUGAAAAUGAAAAGAACAGAUUAUGCAGGGAUUAGGGUUUCUACCCAAAUUUAAAAAACAAAAAUCUAUCUUGUAUUUUUUGGGAGAAGACCAAUUAGGAUCAUCAGUAAUAAAUUGCUACUGAUUUAGACAUUGACAAUGUUUAAGAGCACUGUAAAAGGGUCCUCAGAUAUGUGCUUUUCAAAUACACACAUAUUUCCAAGAUGUGCUUUUCGGGAAUCACACGGCUGUUCAGAGUGGUUCUGAGAAUUUAUAUUUGUUUUUCUUUGAUUUUAAUUUCUCCUGCUACCACAACUGUUGCGCAAAGGAAUUAUAUAUAUAUAUAUAUAUAUAUA